AUGAAUUUAAUAAUGGGCAGACGUCAAACCAAAAGGCAGGAACCUCAAUGUGGUCCGCUACACCAUCAACAACAACAACAACAACAGUCUCAGAAUAAGCACACGCCGCCGCCGCCGCCUCCGCCGCCGCCCCCGCCUUGCGCCGACGACUCCUGGGAGCUGCAGUACUGCAAAUGGUGGGGGUGGAACUGGGUGAAAAAGGAUCGUUCGGAAAUGAACAAAUACGCCGCCCCAUCGCCUUGCGAAGGUCCUACACGCGACAAUUUACCUCCCGUAAGAUGCCCCGCGAUGCCUAUCAAACGGGUGGAUAAAAACAACAACCGCUUUAAAGAUUUUUGCAAUUGCUUGUUUUCGCCUAAUCGAAAAACCGCAGAGAGCCUGCAGAGGCUCUACAGCACUCCCUCCAACAGUCUAAUCUACGAAUCGCUCUGUUGUGGAAAUCAGGAGCGCGGCUUGGAUUCCUACACUUGCAUGGAAUUGCGGAACAGAAGCAACAAAAACACGCCGAACAAACGAAGCAAAGAUAAGAUAUGCAAGUGCCCGCAGGAACAAGAGAAGAAAGAGAAGCGGAAGAAGCACUGCACAUGCAAAGAUUCCAUUAGUAGUUUAUCGAAUGGCUGCAAUUGCAAAGAGAAAGAGCCGCCGAAGAAGGGUUGCAAUUGCAAAGAAUCGAAAGUCAACGCUAUGAGAGCGUGCAAUUUCAAGGAUUCCAAUAGCGAAUUGCCGCCGCAGAUGUGUUGCAACUGCAAGGAUUCGAAUAACAAUCUGAUUAAGAAGUGUUGCGAGUGCAACGAAACAAAUUGUCCUAAAAAAUGCUGUUGCGGUUGUAUGGAACCCAGUAAUGUUGCCAGGAAGUGUUGCGGCUGUCCACCGAAUCCAUCGAAUGCAGUUAACUGCUGCGGUUGUCCGAAAAAAUCCGAAGAAGAAGAUACUAUUACAUACGACUGUCCUUGUCAAACAAAGCCAGAAACGAAAUGUUCGCCAUGUCAAACAGUAAAAACCAAUAUGUGUGAAUGUCUUAAAAUUCCGGAGAAAUGUACUUGUUGUUGUCAUUGUAACUGUUUCGAAACAAAGCCUAUUAAACAACCUAAAUGUAGACGAUAUGAAGCCGAUGAAGAAGAUGAAGAAUUUACGUGCGCCAUAUGCAAAGCAAGAGAAAAUAAGAGUCUGUACUCAUUCGAGGAGGAACCCAAGAGAGUGGAGAAAAAGGAAAAUCCGGAUCUGCGAGAGUCGAUUUCGCAACAAUCCGCUCGAAAGAUCGGUAUGUUCAGCUAUUACAUACCCAGGUACAAUCAAAUUCUGACCAAAAACCAAGAAAUCAUGGUGAAACAGGACAUUCAAUCUUCCUGGAACCAUCCGAAAUUAUUACUACCACCCGAGGAAAAACGGAAAUUCCACGAAGAACACACCAGUUUCGCUUUCACGCGAGAAAAUUGCCAACAUUGUAAAUGGACACAAACCAUCGAUCAUUCCCGACCCGCCUGCACUCCGGAUUGCCCUUGCACUUGGUGUAAACCCUCGCCGAUUCAAUGCAUCAAUUGCCCUUGGACCAAGGUGGAUUUUCCCUUCAAACACUCAUCCGCCCAAACAAUCAACCCAACGAAUUAUCAUCCCCCUGUCCCUUUCGACAACAAACCGUUCGCACCCAACCGUUUCGCACCCAACCGUUUCGCACCCAACCUGCCGUGUCCUUACUGUUCAUUUAAUUCUUCGAUGUGCACCCGCGCCGAUAAAGAAGAAGCCGAAGAGCCGGACGCGUUGGAAGAGCAGCUGCCGUACGAUCUGCCACCGAUCGAAAAAACAACCCCAGAACAAUCUAAAAAAGUUAGCAUCGGAUCCAAAGCGCCGAGAAAUCCUUCGAGAGAGGCGGUUCAAAGACGAAGCACCGGAUCGAAUCCGAGAGAAAUUGAGCCCGAUUUUACGCGCCAGUCCGUGGAUCAACCUGCACCUCCGCCUGAGCCCUCGCCGCAAAUUCCGCCAGAUUUUUCGACUCGAUCCAUUGCGCCGGCCCCCCCUCCGUCGGUCCUCCCUCUGUCGGUCCCCCCUCCGUCGGCCCCCCCGCUAUCUGUUCCUCAGCUCCAAAAACGGACGUUGCCCACGUCAGAUUCUAUUAUCGAUUUCGCUAGAAUCCGCCAUCGGCCAUUUACGAAAUCCAGAGUGCUACCCAGACCGCAAGCACCGGUGAAUAAGUAUCACCGGAUAAAAAACUCGCCUAGCGACAUACUGAGCAAAUAUUACGAUAUUUCAUUGAACGAUUCGGAUUUACGAACGGACUAUACGGAGUACACCGACUACGUGAACGACAUCGAAUCGAAAAUCGUGAAAAAAUUAAAAUCUCGUCUUUUAUUAGACGUGUUUUCCAGCGUAUUGGAAUCGGUCAAAAAGGAAAUCGUAUCGGUCGAUGAGGAAUCGCUAUCCAGCGAUUCUACAGAAACCGAUCGAAACCAACGAAAACGGACCACUAUGAAAGCCAUCAAUAAACUGCUACGCGAGACGAACGAUCGCAAAGUAACGACCGGACCCAAACAGAAGAAACGUAGAGGAUCGCCGGUCAAAAUCCACCCGGAGAAGAAAUUCAAGCACAUCGACGCCAACAACACCGACAGUAGCGAGGAGGAGAGUGCAGUCGAUAAUUUGUACGAGAAAAUCGACAAAAUAACCAAAGAGAGUCGAUCGAACGUCGCCAAGCUCCAAGAGGCCGUAAAUUCCUUGUCGCGUUCCAAGGAAGUGGCGCAUCACGGUCGCAAAAACCGGCAAUUAGUCAACAAACUGUACGAAAUCGUACAGUUUGACGAAGACGCCGUUCAGCACAUCGAUUUGAGCAAACAGGCGGAAAGGGAGAGAGCAAAACGAUCAGGAAAUUUGUUCGAGAACAACGGUUUGUCGGAAAAUUGGAGUGGUACGAGUUUCGACAACGACAAACCGGAUUAUAUUCAUGCCAAACCUACGACUAGCAGCUAUCCCUACGAUAAAGAUUCGACGAGAAGAUACGAAAAAAAUUCGAAGCUUAAAUCCAAAUCUAAGAUACCGGUAAAAAAGCGAAGACCAAAUUGA